AUGCCCACCCCCGAGCGCAACACCGGCCGACUGUCGCCGUCGCGUCGCAACUACAACUACCAGCAGCAACAACAACAACCACAAGGGUCACCAUUCCGUCAAGCUCGUAACGAUUCCCACUCAGUGAGAGAUUCUGGCGUGUCCUAUAUUCCGAGUCCGACGUCGAAAUAUGGUGCUCAAACUCGGAGGACUUUCACUCGGACAAAUACUUUGACUGGAGCGUUCAACACAGUAUCGGGCUACACAACCAUGGCAGAUGAUGAGGAUAUUGCGACAUCCACUCCAUAUACGACAGGGACUCCAAGUCCUCACAGACGGCGACAAAGAUUUGAUCCACUCUCUCCCGAGUCGAACCCGCCGAAUGAGCUUGCAGAGUCGUAUCGGCGCAUCGAUGAAGCUGAUAGCUUAAUCGGUCGGGAUACAGAUGACGAGUAUCAUAUUCACAAGAAUUGGAACAAGUUCUCGCCAGCAUAUCCCGCGCGAGAUUAUGGUGUUUUCGACCAGGCAACAGACGAGUCUCCACGCCGCAGAUUGUCCGACCAUGUGCAGGAUGAGGAGCGCUUGAGACGAGCCAAAACUAGUCGUUCCCCCGUGCUAUCACCACGCGUCAAGACGAGCACGGCAGAGAAACUCCAGCGGCACGAAAAUAUGGACGACCCCAUAUCUAGCGACGAGGUAUUCAAGCCUAAGCUCAAUGUCCCUUCUGGCUGGGGCAGCAAAGCGAAACACAUUAGCAAUUGGCUUCAAAGAUCGGCCCCAUUUAAUGAGCCCGAGUCAGAAGUCGAGAACCCCAUCUCACCGCAACGGUCAACUACCACCUAUGAUUUCGACUUCCACACGAGCCCCGCGCGAGCCAAAGAACCAGCAAGAGCGACCAGAGACAACAGGGCGCCGCUAUCUGAUGCUGAAAACAAGCUGCCGGCACAAAGGGACUAUAAAGGGAUCCAGGGGGAUCCAGAACACAUUGCCAACACGCCGAUUACGGUCUACAAAAACUCCUCUUUUAACAUGCCGACUCCUUCGAAGCGAGACUCCCAUGGCCUACUACAGAAGCUUGCAAGGCGAGCCAGUCCAGAACAACGCCGGGACCAAGCGGAGCUAAGAACUCCUGAAGCACCAAAAGGUGGUCAACACCGGAUAUAUGACAAAACCCCUGUGGUCACAGGCGCCUGGAUAGAUACCCCAAUGACUGAGCGCGUUUCUGAUAGAGUGGUUGAGCGACCAGAGGACUCAACAAAGAAUGAUAUGCCAUUCGCAGCCGCGCAGGAUGUCGAGUUCUCAAUGGCCCAAAUAUACGGAGAAUCGAAUACCGUAUCCGAGCAGAACAAAGCGGCCCGAGAGAGAGAACGUGCGAGAGAAAGGUUGCGACAACAGGAACAGGAAAGGGAACUACAAAGGGCGCAAGGGCGGCAAAGAGAUCGAGAGAAAGCGAGACUGGAGGAACAAGAGAAAGAACGAAUAGAAAGAGAAGAGAAGGAGAAAAAUGAGAGGGAGAGGGAGGAACAGGAGAAGAGCACGGAAAGAGAAAAGCCGAAAGUGCCUCUCGUCAAACCCGAUCUCCCAAAAAGCGCCCUUGAAGCAGUCAUGCAGGAACACAAGGCGGACAAAGGAUCACUAGAUGUGGGCGACGACACGCUCGAAAGCCUGCAGGAAAUGCUGAAGGAGGAGUCCGUUGAACCAAAGGCUGGCACAGAUGACGAUGCUGCAUAUGAGAAGUCAGUGAUUCAGAAACUAGAACGCGGCCAAGGCGAGAAGGACUCGGGUGACUCCAAGGUCAACAAGCAGCUGCGAUCGCUAGAACAGGACCAGGAAAACGUGCAGAAGGAGAUCAAAAGCGUGGAAGAUCAGAUGACUCAGAAGAUUUCCAAAGAAUUUUUGCGUCCCAAGCCCCCUCAGGCUCAGCCGAAGUCGAAGCGCGUCCGCACAGGCAAGAAAUGUGAUUCUUGCGGUGCGGCAGCUGACGGCCGCAUCUAUGUCUCCAUUCCUCUGCCUCUUUUAUGGAGACGCAACCCAGUUUCUCGACGCAUCCAUCCCACACGCCUCGGUUGGUUUCUCCUACUGUCCCUUCUUUGGUUCAUCACCGAAUCGAAGAUGUGUGACUACUACUGCCAUCCGACUGUGGCUCCCGUCUGUGAGGGCAACUGCCUGCGUCGCGAUGCACCACGGUACCCCUUUGUGAUACCGACAAUGCUAUGGCGAUGGUCCCAUCUCUCUGCUGUCCUGGCCCCAGUGGCAACCGUUGGCAUUGCGUUCCUCCGACUUCUUGCGCAGCUCCUAGGCAUGUGGGAUGGUUAUGUAGAUGAACCGCCUCGGACUCUCAACUUGUCUGGCGAAGUUCGCAUUUACGGCACCCGCAUGGCACAGCCGCCUGUGAUUGCAACAUCUACCCCAGGCUUCUUUGCGAGACAAUGGCCGGCAAAGGAGCCCAAGUACACGCCCGAAGCUGUUUACACGCCCGAAACGGUCCCUCUGUCAAAGGUGGUUGAGGAGGAAGUGCCUCGAGGGACUUGGGACGAUGACUCGAUGGAUGAUGACGAAUUAUUAUAA